UCCACCACUACGAAUGAGUGCCAUCGACAAUCUCAAACAUCACGCCCUUACGGACAAAGAUGGUAAUCCGAUACGCGGGAGAGAUGGUCAGGUUAUAACCGGGACGUCGAUGACGAUUGACCGGACAAAGCUAUCUCCUGGUUCUAUAGUCAUUGCAAAUAGUACCGGUAGUCCCGUCAUUCUGUCUCGUGAAGAAAUCAAUCGUGUUAUUCCGGAUAAGGGGCCAUUGCACCAUGCUUGCGGGGCAUGUCUUAAUUGCCCAAGUGCCGGCGAAAAGCAGUAUUCUCGCUGUGCGGGCUGCUCAACUACGUAUUACUGCAGUCAGCAAUGUCAAAAAGCGCACUGGCCUCAACACAAAUCAAUGUGUAAGGAGCGAAAAACUGCAAGAGCUCAACUAAAGGAGAGGGAAGAAAAGGCACGUUUGGCUGGGCAGGUGUAUUACGAUCCCAGAACCUUGACGGAGUGGUAUCGGAAGCAUGAUAGUGCUGUCGAAUUUGCUGCAUAUCAUGUUCUUGAGAUAUUCAAGGGACCCGAGCAUUCGCUCAUGGCAACCCACGUCGCCUACUUCGAAUUGGACCAGAAUCCAGAUAGCCCAAAUGAUGCAUCAACCGUAGUUUUGAAGACUGUCGUCGCGUUUGACCGGAAGAAGCUCGAGAAGAUGUUUUCCAUGCGUCCAGCAAAUAUCGAAAUGUGCGAACGCUCCAUCAAGUCUGGUUAUAUGAUACUGUUCUUUGCAGACGAAAAACAUGGCUCAAUGUGUAUGGAAAUGCAUCAGGCACCUGCGCCGGACUGGAUCAGACCGGUGGACCAGUGGAUGCUAUAUUUCAAGCUUAAGGUGAACAGGGAUAUAAAGAAGUGACACACGGAUAUACAACGGCUUGAUUGUGAGUCGGUGAUAUCAUUCAUAGAAUCGAUAUGGACUAUUGCCUUCUGUAUUAUCUCUGAAAUUUCUCCUCGUCUUAUCGAAUUGAAUAUUCAUUUUUU